CUUAUUUUAGUAACGUGGUAAAAAGUGUGGUUUUCGAUUUACUACACACCGAAUUCAAAGAACAGUUUGAGUAAAUUCGGUUGUGUGUCACUUUAAUGCCAGGACAGCACUUGGGUUUAUUUUACUAGUAUAGCGGGUUUACCUGUAGAGAACAGUUUACCUGGUCCAUCGUAAAAUUUAAACAUGUCUGUUGUUCUAAAAUAGCCUCCAAACAAAGUAAUGUUGUCUGAAGGAAGCGCCAGGUGUUUUACAGAAUUGUUAUGCGUAUUUCAAGAUUCGAUGUAAGUUAAUGUUAUUGAUCAGUGUAAAAGAGCUGAGUUUGUUUUGUAAAGGUGAGCAAUGAAAGAGGAGAACUCUGUGUUUAAGGAGAUCUCUUUGCAUAAGGUCUCAUUGUGUUAUGGCAGCUCUGCAUGUUUUUGUGAGGAUGGAUGGGAGCCAGACGCACCAGGAUCAGCGUCAUGGUUUGGGAGUGUUUCACCGAUAUUCACCGAGCAAGAGCUCCGACCACAGGCUCUCACAGCCCCUGAGCCCGAGGACCAGGCUUCCGCCCAUCAAGAAGAUCCCUGUCAUUGAGCAGAAAUGCCACUACUCUGAACUCAUCUCCACGGUACCUGGUCCUCGAGGGCAGGCAUACUUACAGGGUCCCAAGACGGAGCAGAGUUUGCUGUGCCAAGCGGGCUAUGUGCCAAACACCCCAAAAGCAUCAACCUUCCAGACCCCCAAGGAUCUCCAGAAGCUCUUGGAGAAGGACAUUCAUGGACCGUCCACACAGCUGCUGCUGGAGACGGACUUCCCCGGCAAGGGCUACACUGCCAAAGUGCAGGUGCCUUUCCGCUGCCUGCCUGGACAAUGUCCUCGCAAGAUUGAAAUCGAAAGACGUCGACGGAAGUUCUUGGACCUGGACAUCGCAGAGCUGCUGACAGACCAUGACAUCGACUCCAAUCAGCUGUUGACCCGCAUUCAAGGCUGCAAGGACCCCCUCAUUAGUCUGCGCAACCCAUCUCCACCUAUUUCUAACUAUCUACCUCUUGAGGUGUUCGACAAUGAGGAAUUUGAUUGCCGCACACCCGCCGACUGGCUGGAACUGGGCUAUGAGCCUGGAUCUCCUCAAUGCAAGCCCAUCCCUGGAAAAGCUCUACUGCCCAGCAACGAAACAAGUGCAGCCGAUGAUCCCGAGAGCACGGAGGUAGCGUACUGUUGGCAGCUUGUUGGGGUGCUGGACUAUAACCCGGAAAACAAGAUGUACCUGGUCCAUAAGGCUGACAGAAAAGGAAUGGUGAGGGAUAGCAAGGGAAGGCCCAUCUUAAGCGGGGGACAAAAAGAAGAGAGUGUGUGGCUGCUACAGCCGGGUCAGCACUGGGUGCCCAGGAUCCAGCUGUUGUUCUGUGCGGAGGAUCCGCAGAUCUUUGCCCAGCGAGUGCUAUAUGCCCAGUGUCUGAGGGCGCAUACAGAGGCCAUGCUGCUGUACCACCUGUCCGUCGACUGCAUGCCAGUGUGGGACGGCACGCCCCGCCUGGACACCCACAGUCUCACCCGCAUCAAACAAUAUGCCGUCUCCACAUCAGGCCUCCGGCUCACGACUCUCCAGCAGUGUGCCGACCAGGUGGAAAAGGAAAUCGACCUGGAGUACAGCCGCACAAUGAACCGCAUCUGUUUUGACUUGGUUGUGUUGACCAAUCCAGAAGAGUUCUCCCAUAUUGUCCUGCCCCAGAAGGAGCUACAGCACAUACCGGAGAAAGGCUUUGUGUCUGUUCCUGACUACCCAUUUGAGCGGAAUCGAGCAGCGUUUGUCUUCAACUCCUUGCUGACCAGGCCGGAGGUGAUCGCUGCGCUGUCCAACGUGCACAUAGAGUGCAGUAAGGCAUCAGCCAUGAGUUUGUUCUACACCAACUUCACCAGGUGUCUUCGUCUUGAGGAAUACGAACAGACCCAGACCCAGACACACUCGCAGGUGCAGCUCUUCUUGCGGGACCUGUGGAUGACCACAAUCUGCAAUGGGAUCUCCACCAGCCUGCAGGACAUAGCCCUUGGCUGGUUCAGGCUCAGCGAGUCACGCUGGGAAGUGUACAGUUUGUCCAAGAUGAGUCUCCUGAUGGCGCUGGUGCGCUACAAGAUGCAGGACUCGCUCCGCUUCCUGGUGCAAGACUCUCUGGCCUCCCUGGCUAAGCUGCUCCUGGAUGCUUGCCACAGUGUGCUUCACUGCACUGAGAAUAUGGCCUGGGGAUCCAAUCUCAUCCACAGCCAGUACAGGCCCAAGAAGAACCCAUUGUUCUUGGUAGACCUUGUCUUGGACCAUACUGGAGUCUCCUACAGCACCCCGAUGGAGAAUUUUGAGACGUCUGUCAUCAAUCAGAUUGACAAGGGUGUAUUGUCCACACACAAUGUCCCUCAAGUGGACAAGUUUGUAAUGAAGGAGAUGUUCAUCAGCGGGACACCCAUGUUGGAGUCUGUAAGCUUAGAGGAAUCGGCAGUGAAGGAGCUACGGGAGAAGGUCCGCAAGGCCCUCAGUCAAGCCACGCUGCCGCUGAAGGCAUAUGCCCGCGAGUACGAACGCCACUUGGAGCUGCACAACUCCGAUAUUGAAACUUACCUCAGGUCUAAAAGCCAGACAGAGCAAACUCCACAGGAGGUGAAGCAUGAAGUUGAGCACCUGCUGCAGGAGCAGAAGCUCAUGGAAACUUCCCUCCCCACCUCCAUCGUCAUCGGGCCUUUCAUGGUCAAUGUGGAGAGCGUGCGUCAGAGCCUGUCCAAGAAAUGUCGCGCCCUGGCUAACGCCAUGCUGGACCGGCUUGCAUGCAAGCUGCAAAGACAAGUGGAAGAGAUUUGUGAAGAAUUCAGGGUCAUCAACAAGAAGCUGUAUGAGAAAGCCAACAGCAUUGAAGAGCUGACUGAGCAUCGGGAGUGGAUGAAGCAGAUCCCAGAGCAGCUCAAGGCCCAUGAGGAACGCAUAUCGAAAGUCAUGAAAGACUAUGAGUUACUUGAUGAGUUCUUCUACAGCCUUUCAAAUGAUGACUUCAAGAAAAAGUGGACCACUUUGGCAUGGCCAUACAAAAUCCUAACCCAGAUUGAAGCUGUGACAAUCCAGCAUGAGGAAGACGAACAGCACUUCCACAAGAUCCAGCUGACAGACCAGAGCAACUUCUAUGAACGCCUUGAAUCCCUGCAGAUGGCCGUGGCUGGGUUUUCUGGUUACAUAGACAUCAGCCGUGCGCAUGAGAUGGCCAAUGAAAUGCGUCGCAUCAGCAAGCAGCUGAAGGAGUCCCAAAGCAUGGCACAGAUUUAUAACAACAGGGAGAGGCUCUUUGGAAUCCCUGUCACCAAUUAUGAUCGUCUGCAGAAGUUGGUCCGUGACUUCCAGCCCUUCCACGACCUGUGGACCACCACAUCAGACUGGUUGCGCUGGCGCGAGAGCUGGAUGCACGAUCCGCUGUCCAGUAUCGACCCCGAACAAUUGGAGCGCAGCGUUAAUGAGGCUUUCAAGACCAUGCACAAGUGUGUCAAGCAGUUCAAGGAUGUUCCAGGCUGUCAAGAUGUGGCUGUGGAAAUCCGCGGCAGGAUCGAGGAGUUCCAGCCCUUCAUUCCCCUCAUCCAGGGACUGCGGAACCCGGGGAUGCGCAGCCGUCACUGGCAGCUGCUGUCAGAUCGCAUCCAUGUGAAUGUCAAACUCAAGGCCAAUCUCACCUUCACCCGUUGUUUGGAGCUGGGUCUGCAGGACCACAUCGAUGAUAUCGCUCAUGUUGCUGAGGUCGCCGGCAAGGAGUUUGCCAUUGAGCAGGCACUGGACAAGAUGGAGAUGGAGUGGUCGUCCGUAGUUUUUGAAGUUCUACCCUACAAAGAGACAGGCACCUACAUCCUUCGGAGCCCCGAUGAGGUGUCCCAGCUGUUGGAUGACCAUAUCGUCAUGACCCAAAGCAUGUCCUUCUCGCCUUUCAAGAAGCCCUUUGAAGAACGGAUCAGCAUUUGGGAGAACAAGCUUAGGAUGACCCAGGAUGUACUGGAGGAGUGGCUCACGUGUCAGCGCUCCUGGCUCUACCUGGAACCCAUCUUCAGUUCUGAUGACAUCAACCGGCAGCUCCCUGUAGAGGGCAAGCGGUACCAGACUAUGGAGCGCACCUGGAGGAAGGUCAUGAAGAAUGCGUUUGACAACAGGCAGGUUAUCGAGCUUUGCCCAGACCAUCGCCUGCUAGACAACCUUAGAGACUGCAAUAAACUGCUGGAAUUGGUACAGAAAGGCCUUAGCGAGUACCUGGAGACCAAAAGAGGAGCUUUCCCCAGAUUUUACUUCCUGUCAGAUGAUGAGCUCUUGGAGAUUCUGUCCCAGACCAAGGAGCCUACAGCAGUGCAGCCCCAUCUUCGCAAGUGCUUUGAAAACAUUGCUCGCCUUAAGUUCCAGCCUGACCUGCAGAUCACACACAUGUAUUCUGGCGAGGGGGAGGAGGUCCAGCUGCUCUUUCCCGUGUGGCCUUCUGGGAAUGUGGAGGAAUGGCUGCGAGAGGUGGAGAAGUCCAUGAAGGCGAGCUUGAGGGACAUCAUCGACCAUUCCCUCCAGGAUUACCCACAGAAAGCACGUACGGAAUGGGUGUUGUCCUGGCCCGGACAGGUGGUCAUUGCCGUCUGCCAGACCUUCUGGACUGCGGAGGUGUCCCAAUCGCUGGAGCAAGGUGACCUGGGUAACCGACUGUACCCACAGCUGCAGACACAGCUUGGAGACCUGGUGGAACUGGUGAGGGGCCGGCUGACAAAAAUGCAGCGCUCUGUGCUUUCGGCCCUCAUUGUCAUCGAAGUCCACGCCAAGGACGUGGUGGCCAAGCUCGUGGACGAGGGUGUUUCCAGCAUUAACGACUUUGAGUGGAUCAGCCAGCUCAGAUAUUACUGGAGCAGAGAAGACCUGUAUAUCCAAGCGGUUAAUGCUGAGUUCCUCUAUGGCUACGAGUACCUGGGAAACACAGGGCGCCUGGUCAUCACUCCCUUAACUGACAGGUGUUACCUCACCCUGACAGGAGCACUACACCUGAAGUUUGGGGGGGCUCCAGCAGGCCCUGCCGGGACUGGAAAGACUGAGACUACUAAGGAUCUGGGCAAAGCGCUUGCCAUCCAGACUGUGGUCUUCAACUGCUCUGACCAGUUGGACUUCAUGGCUAUGGGCAAGUUCCUGAAAGGACUGGCCAGCUCUGGGGCAUGGGCCUGUUUUGAUGAGUUCAACCGCAUUGAUGUGGAGGUGUUGUCAGUGGUGGCUCAGCAGAUCACCACCAUCCAGAAGGCCCAGAUGCAGAGGGCGGAACGAUUUAUGUUUGAAGGGGUGGAGAUCCCUCUUGUUCCUUCCUGCGCCGUCUUCAUCACCAUGAACCCUGGCUACGCUGGUCGGACAGAGCUGCCGGACAAUCUGAAGGCUUUGUUCCGCCCUGUGGCCAUGAUGGUCCCCGAUUAUGCCAUGAUUGCUGAAAUCUCCCUGUACUCAUUCGGAUUCAGCGAUGCAAAGGUGCUGUCAAAGAAAAUCACUACCACCUUCAAGCUCUCAUCUGAGCAACUCAGUUCUCAGGAUCACUAUGAUUUUGGCAUGAGGGCAGUGAAGACUGUGAUCUCUGCGGCUGGAAACUUAAAGAGAGAGAAACCAACCAUGAAUGAGGAACUUAUCUGUCUGCGAGCAAUCCAAGAUGUCAACGUGCCAAAGUUCUUGCAGGAUGACCUCAAGCUUUUCAAUGGGAUUGUAUCUGACCUUUUCCCCAACAUCCGCGAGGAGCCCAUCAACUAUGGCACCCUGGAAGAAUCAAUCCGCAGCACCUGUGCCAAGAUGUGCUUGAAGGAUGUGGAUGGCUAUAUCACCAAAUGCAUCCAGCUGUAUGAAACCACAGUGGUGAGACAUGGAUUGAUGCUUGUGGGACCCCCAGGGUCAGGAAAAACCAAGUGUUAUGAGAUCCUAGGUGCAGCCAUUACAGCGCUCCAGGGCCAGCCGUCCGUGAGCGGUGGCACAUAUGAAGUAGUACAGAUUUAUGUCCUCAACCCUAAAUCUAUUACCAUGGGCCAGCUGUAUGGAGAGUUUGACCUGCUGACACACGAAUGGACAGAUGGUAUUCUUUCUUCUUUGAUCCGUGGUGGUGCGGUUACAAUGGACCAGGAUAAAAAAUGGUACAUGUUUGAUGGGCCUGUGGAUGCCGUUUGGAUUGAGAACAUGAAUACAGUUCUAGACGACAACAAGAAGCUGUGUCUGAGCUCUGGAGAAAUCAUCAAGCUGACGGAUGUCAUGACAAUGAUGUUUGAGGUGCAGGAUUUAGCUGUGGCGUCUCCAGCAACCGUGUCCCGCUGCGGUAUGGUGUAUCUGGAGCCCAGCAUCCUGGGCCUGACUCCAUUCACCGAGUGCUGGUUACGCACCAUCCCGGAACCCAUCAAGCCCUAUUCCCAGAUGUUGACCUCCCUCUUCACCAGGUUUCUGCAGGAUUCCGUCUCUUUUGUGCGCAAGUCUGUGAAGGAAGUCAUCUCCACCAUGGACAGUAACCUAACAUGCAGUCUGCUGAAGCUACUGGACUGCUUCUUUCAGCCCUUCAUCCCUCGUGAGGGUGAAAAGCCACCCCCGCAGGAGAAGUUGUCUCGCCUAGGAGAGCUGAUUGAACCCUGGUUCAUUUUUUCACUGGUAUGGAGCGUCGGGGCCACGGGUGAUGCUUCCAGCUUUCAGCACUUCAGUGCUUGGCUCCGGGGCAAAAUGGCAGAAGAGGAGAUAAAGCUGUGUUUCCCUGAAGAGGGUCUGGUGUAUGACUACUGCCUAGACGAUGCAGGAAUCAGUAAUCUAGCAGAGGAUGAGGAGGAGAGGGAAAGAACGGUGUGUUGGGUCAACUGGAUGUCAUAUGCCCCAGAGGUGGUCAUCACUCCCGACACAAGAUACUCUGAUAUUAUUGUCCCCACACUGGAUACAGUCCGCAAGUCCUUCCUCCUGGGCAUGCUGUUGUGCAACAAGAAACCUGUGCUGUGCAUUGGUCCCACCGGCACAGGGAAGACCCUCACCAUGUCAGAAAAACUGUUGAAGAACAUGCCGGCUGAGUACAUCACCCACUUCCUCAUGUUCUCUGCCCGCACAUCUGCCAACCAGACACAAGACUACAUUGACAGCAAGCUAGACAAGAGGCGAAAGGGUGUGUUCGGACCUCCGCUUGGGAAGUACUUUAUCUUCUUCAUUGAUGACCUGAACAUGCCCAUGCUGGAGACUUAUGGUGCCCAGCCACCCAUUGAACUGCUCCGCCAAUGGAUGGACUAUGGAGGCUGGUAUGAUAGGAAGCAGAUUGGCACCUUCAAGAACUUGGUGGACAUCAACUUUGCCUGUGCCAUGGGUCCCCCAGGGGGUGGUAGGAACCCUGUCACCCAGCGCUUCACACGUCACUUCAACUUCCUGUCCUUCACUGAGAUGGAAGAUGUCAGCAAAAAGAAAAUUUUCUCCACCAUCUUAGCAAGCUGGAUGGAUCCAGUUCCAAACAUUCGGCCCCUAAAUGAGCCUCUAGUAGCAGCCACGAUCCAAGUCUACUCCACCAUCACAUCUCAGCUACUGCCCACACCUGCCAAGUGCCAUUACACCUUCAACCUGCGUGACCUUUCCAAGGUCUUCCAGGGCAUUUUGAUGGCUGAUGCAGGCAAAAUCACGGACAAGGUGCAGCUCCUUCAGUUGUGGUACCACGAGAGCUGCCGGGUCUUUGGAGACCGGCUGGUGAAUGCAGAGGACCGGGACUGGUUUGACAGCUUGCUACAAACCUGUAUUGAAAAGUUUGACUGCAGCUUUGAAGAGGUGGCACCUUGCCAGCCUGUCUUGUUUGGUGACUUCAUGGUCCAAGGUACCAGGGUAUACCAACUUAUCGAAGACAAGAGCACACUGGCCCGUGUCAUGGAGGAGUAUAUGGACGACUACAACCAGAUUAGCACCACCAAGAUGAAGCUGGUGCUCUUCAUGGAUGCUAUUGAGCAUGUGUGUCGGAUCAGCCGCAUCCUGCGCCAGCCCCUCGGAAAUGCUCUGCUGCUUGGGGUGGGGGGAAGUGGAAGGCAGUCCCUCACCAAACUCGCCACCCACAUGUCUGAAUAUGAGUGCUUCCAGAUUGAGUUGACCAAAAACUAUGGGCACAAUGAGUGGAGAGAGGAUAUCAAGAGCAUUAUGCUAAAGGCUGGCCUACAGAAUGUGCAGAUUACAUUUCUGUUUGUAGAUACACAGAUCAAGAGUGAAUCAUUCCUGGAAGAUGUGAACAACAUCCUGAACUCUGGUGACGUACCAAAUUUGUAUGCGGUGGAUGAGCAAGAACGCAUCCUAUCUGCCAUGAAACCUGUCGUGUUAGACCAGGGACUGCAACCCACCAAGCCCAACCUCUUGGACGCUUACAUCAAGAGGGUCCGCAGUAACAUCCAUAUGGUUCUCUGUAUGAGCCCAAUCGGGGAGGUUUUCCGGGCACGCCUCAGGCAGUUCCCUUCUCUCGUCACUUGCUGCACUAUUGACUGGUUCAGACCAUGGCCAGAGGAAGCCCUGCAGUCAGUCGCUGCUUCGUUCCUCAAUGAGCUUCCACAGCUAGAGGCGGGUCCAGAGGUGCAGAGUGGACUGACCCAAAUGUGUAUGGAGAUCCACCUGACGGUAUCCAGAAAGUGUGAGCAGUACUUGGCAGAGCUGUCACGAUAUAACUAUGUCACACCCAAGAGCUACCUGGAGCUUCUCAGCAUUUUCUCCGCUCUCAUCGGCUGCAAGAAGAAUGACCUGCACAGUGCCAGGCAGCGCAUGAAGACUGGCCUUGACAAGCUCCUGCGGACAGCGGAAGAUGUGAGUAAAAUGCAGGAAGAACUGGAGGUGAUGAGACCUUUAUUGGAAGAGGCUGCCAGGGACACUAUGGUCACUAUGGAAAAAAUUAAGGUAGACACAGCAGUGGCAGAGGAGACAAGAGCAGCAGUACAGGAAGAAGAGGCUAAGGCGUCAGAAAAGGCUCGUGUCGCACACGCCAUUGCUGCCGAUGCCCAGAAAGACCUGAACGAGGCCCUGCCUGCUCUUGACGCGGCCCUUACCAGCCUCAAGUCUCUCAACAAGAAUGAUGUCACUGAGGUACGAGCAAUGCAGAGACCCCCACAAGGUGUGAAGCUCGUCAUUGAGGCUGUCUGCAUCAUGAAGGGCAUCAAGCCAAAGAAGAUAGCUGGUGAGAAGCCAGGAACUAAAGUGGAUGAUUACUGGGAGCCAGGGAAGGGGCUGCUUCAGGACCCAGGAAAGUUCCUGGAAGGCCUGUUCAAGUUUGACAAGGACAACAUCCCUGAUUCCGUGAUCAAACUAGUACAGCCCUACAUUGACAAUGAUGAGUUUCAGCCAGCUUCCAUCGCUAAAGUUUCCAAGGCUUGUACCUCCAUCUGCCAGUGGGUGCGCGCCAUGCACGUGUACCACUUCGUCGCGAGAGCAGUGGAGCCCAAACGGCAAGCCCUGAAUGAAGCCCAAGAGGACCUGGCAUUGACUCAGCGCAUCCUGGACAAUGCCAAGGAGAAGCUGACAGCAGUGGAGGAAGGAAUCGCCACCUUGGAGGCCAAGUAUCGUGACUGCCUAGCCAAGAGGGACGAGCUGGAAAACAAGUGCACCCUGUGUGAGCAGAGGCUCGUCCGGGCUGACAAGCUGAUCGGCGGGCUGGCAGACGAGAAGGUGCGCUGGAAAGAGACUGUCCAGAACCUAGAGUACAUGGUUAACAACGUAUCGGGGGACGUGCUUCUUGCAGCAGGAUACGUAGCCUACCUGGGCCCGUUCACGGGUGAGUAUCGGAUUUCCAUGGCAGAAGAAUGGCUACAGAAAUUCAAGGAACUGGGUGUUCCACACACUGAAGAACCAAAUCUCAUCAGCACACUGGGUGACCAGGUCAAGAUUCGAUCUUGGCAGAUCUCAGGGCUACCAAAGGAUAUUCUUUCAGUAGAGAAUGGUGUUAUUGCACAGCACUCCCAACGCUGGGCUCUGUUCAUUGACCCUCAAGGGCAAGCCAAUAAGUGGAUCAAGAACAUGGAACGUGACAACGGUCUUGAAGUGAUGAAACUGAGCAACCGAGACUUCCUGCGCAGUUUGGAGAAUGCCAUCCGCUUUGGCAAGCCGUGCAUGCUGGAGAAUGUGGGUGAGGAGCUGGACCCUGCCCUGGAGCCUGUCCUUCUUCGGCAGACCUUCAAGCAGCAGGGUAACACUGUGCUGAAGCUGGGAGACACAGUUAUCCCUUACCACGAUGACUUCAAGAUGUACAUUACCACCAAGCUGCCAAAUCCUCACUACUCCCCAGAAAUCUCCACCAAGGUCACCCUCAUCAACUUUACCCUGUCACCCAGUGGACUGGAAGACCAGCUGCUGGGCCGAGUGGUGGUGGAGGAGCGACCCGACUUAGAGGAGGCCAAGAACCAGCUGAUCGUGAGCAACGCACGCAUGAAGCAGGAACUCAAGGAGAUUGAAGAUCAGAUACUGCUACGACUCAGUGCAUCUGAGGGGAACCCUGUGGAUGACCAAGAGCUCAUCCGGGUGCUGGGAGCCUCCAAGGUCAAAGCCGAAGAGAUCAAGGCCAAAGUGAUGGUGGCUGAGGAAACGGAGCGAGACAUUGACACCACACGGCUCGAGUAUGUGCCGGUGGCUGUUCGUGCACAGAUCCUCUUCUUCUGCGUCUCUGACCUCUGCAAUGUUGAUCCGAUGUAUCAGUAUUCCCUUGAGUGGUUCCUGGGCAUCUUUAUGGCAGGCAUUGCCAACUCGGAAAAAGCAGACACGGUGGAGCAGCGGAUCAUCAACAUCAACGAGUUCUUCACAUUUAGCCUGUACAGCAACGUGUGCCGCAGCCUGUUUGAGAAACACAAGCUCAUGUUUGCCUUCCUCCUCUGUGUGCGCAUCAUGAUGAAUGAGAACAAGAUCGACAUGGGAGAGUGGCGCUACAUGCUGUACGGAGGAGUGGCCCCUCAACAAUUGCCCAACCCUGCUGCAGACUGGUUAUCUGAGCGUGCCUGGAUGGACGUCCUAGGCCUGACUGCUCUGCCCUCCUUCAGUAGCCUAGCCGAGAGCUUCCCACAGCUCCAGGAAGGCUUCAAGAGAAUCUUUGACAGCAACGACCCUCACAGAGAAGAUUUGCCUGGAGAAUGGAAUUCUAAGCUGGACUCCUUCCAGAAACUUGUGAUUCUACGCUGCUUGCGAGCUGACCGCCUCACCCACGGCAUGCAAGACUUUGUGUCAACUCAUCUGGGCCAGCGCUUCAUUGAGCCCCAGACCUCCGACCUAUCAGUUGUGUUCAAGGAGUCAUCCCCCUCCACACCCCUCAUCUUUGUGCUUUCUCCUGGGACUGACCCUGCUGCUGACCUCUACAAAUUUGCAGAUGUGAUGAAGUUCUCCAAGAAGCUGAGUGCCAUCUCUCUGGGCCAAGGCCAGGGCCCCUGGGCAGAGGCCAUGAUGCACAAUGCAAUGGAAAAGGGGAAGUGGGUCUUUUUCCAGAACUGUCACCUUGCACCCAGUUGGAUGCCUUCUUUGGAGAGGCUGAUUGAAAACAUCCACCCUGACAGGGUGCAUCGGGAUUUCCGUCUCUGGCUAACCAGUCUUCCCAGCAACAAGUUCCCUGUAGCCAUCCUACAGAAUGGCUCCAAGAUGACCAUAGAGCCCCCAAGGGGUAUUAAAGCCAACCUGCUGAAGACCUACCUGAGCUUAACUGAUGACUUCUUCAGCACCUGUCAGAAGACCGGUCAUUUCAAAUCCCUGCUGCUGUCUCUAUGCCUCUUCCAUGGGAAUGUCAUAGAGCGCAGAAAGUUUGGCCCCCUGGGCUUCAACAUCCCAUACGAGUUCACAGAUGGGGACUUGCGCAUUUGCAUCAGCCAGCUAAAGAUGUUUUUGGAUGAGUACCAGGACAUCCCUUACAAGGUUCUGAAGUACACAGCAGGUGAGAUUAACUACGGAGGACGUGUAACAGAUGACUGGGACCGACGCUGCAUAAUGAACGUUCUGGAAGAUUUCUAUUGCUCUGCGGUGCUGAACGAGGAACACAGAUACUCUCCCUCCGGAGUGUACCAUCAGAUCAGCACAGAGACCAAUGUCAAAGGUUACUUGGAUUACAUCCGCUGUUUGCCCAUAAAUGACAUGCCUGAGAUCUUUGGUCUUCAUGACAAUGCCAAUAUCAGCUUUGCCCAGAAUGAGACAUUCGCUCUGCUGGGGGCCAUAAUCAAGCUGCAGCCCCGAGCUGCUGCCAGUGGGAGCAAAUCCAGAGAAGAGAUUGUGGAGGAGAUUGUUGCAGACAUCAUGGGAAAAAUUCCUAAGGUCAUCAGUACGCAAGAGGUGAUGAGGAAGUACCCUGUCCUUUAUGAGGAAUCGAUGAACACAGUGCUAAUCCAGGAGGUCAUCAGAUAUAACCGACUGCUGGUGGUUAUUUCCCAAAGUCUUGGUGAUCUUGUGAAGGCUUUGAAGGGGCUGGUAGUGAUGUCCUCAGAGCUUGAACUGAUGGCCAACAGCCUAUUCAGCAAUGCUGUACCAGACAUGUGGAAUGCUAAGGCAUAUCCAUCGCUGAAGCCCCUUUCAUCCUGGGUGUCAGACCUGCUGCAGAGAAUCAAGUUUCUGAUGGGCUGGAUCUCCAACGGCAUCCCUGCCGUCUUCUGGAUCAGUGGAUUCUUCUUCCCUCAGGCCUUCCUCACGGGCACGCUACAAAAUUUUGCCCGUCGCUCUGUCAUUUCUAUUGACACAAUUGGUUUUGACUUUAAGGUUGUUAAAGAAUCUGCAGAAGAACUGACAGCGCGACCGGAAACUGGCUGCUAUAUUCAUGGACUUUUCCUGGAAGGAGCACGCUGGGACCACCAGGCAGGACAGUUGACAGAGUCACGACCAAAGGAGCUCUACACAGAGAUGGCGGUCAUUUGGUUGGUGCCAGUGCCCAACCGCAAGCCACCCCCUUCUGGGGUGUACGUUUGCCCCAUCUAUAAGACACUUACUCGGGCAGGGACACUGUCAACGACGGGCCAUUCAACAAACUACGUUAUUGCUGUUGAGUUGCCAACUGACCGCACCCAGAGGCACUGGAUCAAGCAGGGAGUAGCACUAAUUUGUGCACUGGAUUACUAGAGAUGUCUAUGUUCUAAUGGAGCCAAACACAAUUCAUAAAAUCAUACACACAUUGUACCUUCCAUAGUGUAUACUUCAUCGGGAGUUUUAGCGAGAUUCAGAAAAGCAACUUCCAUAAAUUACAGCAUGUGGUACUACAAAUAAUACUUUGCCCACAAUGUCUUUGACUAGAAUUCAGGCAUGCCUAUUAUGCAUGGGUGCAGUCUUUAUUUAAUUUGAAGGUAUGCCAAAAAAGACAUUUAACAGGGGUGCUACCAUCAAUCCAGUCAUUUUCAGCCUGUGUGGUAUAGUUUUUCCGAUAAUGUAAAUAGUGUUCUAUUAAACAAUUUAGUAAUCUUCCUUCUUUGUUCGUAUUUUAUUUGUAAGCUGCUACAUGCGAGCACAAAAUUAAUCAUAUUAAAAUGUUUGAGUCAUCUUCACUAGCCCCCCCUUCCUAUGGCUCAAAGAGCU